GACGUUUUCGCGGCGGCAGGAGGGAGCGGCUCUGAGAGAGCGACGUUACCGGAGAACCGGAGAGAGAGAGAGCGAACAGCGGAGCGGACGGGUGGAUGACUACAGACAGUCAGGAUGCGUGAAUACAAACUGGUUGUUUUAGGAUCAGGAGGAGUCGGAAAGUCAGCUCUGACUGUCCAGUUUGUUCAGGGAAUUUUUGUGGAGAAAUAUGACCCGACGAUAGAGGAUUCCUACAGGAAGCAAGUCGAGGUGGACGGACAGCAGUGUAUGUUGGAGAUCUUGGACACAGCGGGAACAGAGCAGUUCACGGCGAUGAGAGACCUGUACAUGAAGAACGGUCAAGGCUUCGCUCUGGUUUACUCCAUCACGGCUCAGUCCACCUUCAACGACCUGCAGGACCUCCGAGAGCAAAUCCUCAGAGUGAAGGACACCGAGGAUGUGCCCAUGAUCCUGGUUGGAAAUAAAUGUGACCUGGAGGUGGAGCGUGUGGUGGCCAAAGAGUCGGGGACCGGCCUCGCCCGCCAGUGGAACUCCUGCGCCUUCCUGGAGACUUCGGCCAAGAGCAAGAUCAACGUCAACGAGAUCUUCUAUGACCUCGUGCGACAGAUUAACAGGAAGAGUCCGGUUCCAGGGAAAACUCGCAAAAAGUCCACCUGUCAGCUUCUCUAAUAGCAGUUCUCUGCUCACCUGAACGACCACCAACCAACCAACCAACCAACCAACCAAUCACAGGACAUCUUCCAAUCUGCCACGCCCCCUUUAACACGACCAUGUCAUCAUCAACGUCGGCCACCUCUGACCUCUCUUGUUCCCAUGACGACUACAUCUCCCAUCCUCUCACCACCACCACUGUCUAAACGGAGACUGUUGCCUUGGAAACAUUAAAACCAAACAUCAAAAGACUGCGGCGGCGAUGAUAAUGAUGAUGAUGAUGAAGAUGAUGAUUCUGACGGGGGGUUUGCCCAAAUUUAAACUAAGUUUCCCAUCACGCUCUCUGCUAGGCCAUUUUGCGCUGGGAAAUGGCUUCUCGCUUUUUAAUUUUUAAGUGUUCCUUUUUAUUUUUUCCUUUCCUUUUCACUUAUUUUCCAGCAGUGCCGAGCCACUCACACAGUUUGACCACUUCACUGUCAGCCAUGAUGAUGUCACAGCGAGCACGGCUGGCUUUGUGUGCGUGGCUCCGGUCAGAAACCUGUGGAUCCAUACAGUGAUUAUUAUUAUUACAGUGGUUAUUACUAUGAUUCUGUGUGAAAAGAUAUAAAAGUCAUUUAAUGUUUUUAUUUUCUGAUUUUUUUUGG